AUGGAAGCAGCCCGGCGCGAGCGCGAGGCUUUGCUGUUGCGCGUGCAGGACGAAGGCGUGCGCAUGGGCAGCCUCAGCGUCAUGCGAGCCGGGCCCAUUGGGCUGAGGGAGGUGUGGGAGGAGGGCCGAGCGUUUGUGGAUCUGGCGGGGCGGCAGGCAGCAGUGGCGGAGGCGCGCGCGGCCAUCGAGGGAGCGCGCAAGGCCAUGCGCAAGAAGCUGCCGCCGCCUGAGAACACACUGUCGCAGCCGGGGCCCUCCCAGCACACCGGCCAGGACUUCCUCUCGCCAGAGGAAUAUGUUGAACAGGACGAGAUCUUCAAGGUGCGCAUCGCUGCCCUGAAGCGUGAGGAGGACAGCCUGAACAAGGAGAGGGAGCGGCUGGAGGCGGAGAAGGCCCGCCACAUCAGGGAGCUGAAGCGGCUGAAGGAGGAGGAAGGCAGCAGGUUCAGGGACAACCCUAUUUUGGCGAAGCGUUACCUGCUGCUGCGCCUGCUGGGGAAGGGCGGCUUCAGCGAGGUCUUCCAGGCGUUUGACCUGACAGAGUUGCGGGAGGUGGCGGUGAAGAUCCACCAGCUGAACAGCUCCUGGAACGAGGCCAAGAAGGCGUCCUACGUGCGCCACGCCCUGCGCGAGUACAGCAUCCACCGCGGGCUGGCGCACGCGCGCAUCGUGGCGCUGCUGGACAUCUUUGAGAUCGACGCCAACACCUUUGCCACCGUGCUCGAGCUCUGCACCGGCGGCGAUCUCGACACCCACCUCAAGGAGCACCAGGUGCUGCCGGAGAAGGAGGCGCGUGUGAUAACAGCGCAGGUGGUGCAGGGGCUGGCCUACCUCAACGAGGCCCCCCGCCACAUCAUCCACUACGACCUCAAGCCCGCCAACAUCCUCUUCGACACCUUCGGCCAGGCCAAGAUCACAGAUUUUGGGCUGAGCAAGAUAGUGGAGGAGGGGCAGUCGCGGGGCAUGGAGCUGACCAGCCAGGGCGCUGGCACCUACUGGUACCUUCCCCCCGAGUGCUUCCAGCUCGGCUCCCGGCCUCCGGUCAUCUCCAACAAGGUGGAUGUGUGGGCGGUGGGAGUGAUGCUGUACCAGAUGGUGUUUGGCAGGCGGCCCUUUGGGGAGGGAUGCAGCCAGGAGGAGAUCCUGCGCGAUGACAUCAUGCUCAACGCGCGCCAGGUCGCCUUCCCUGCCAAGCCCGCCGUCUCGGCAGAGUGCAAGGAGUUCAUAUCCAAGUACGCAGCCCCACGCCUGAAUUGCUGA